GACAGAUGUUAAUAUACCUUACAAUAAAGAAGAUUUAUAAACCAUUCAAACUGCAGAUUUCAACUGCUUUCUCAGAGUAUGGGAGUCUAAUCCAUUACCUAUGAGAGCUACUUACCAGUGCUUUGAUAUCACAUCUGGUGCCGGUGAUGUGUUUCCAGAAGUAGGUUUGAGCUUUGCCGGUGGUGCAUCAACGGUCUUAACUCCCCCUCUGGGCAUCUUCAGAUGUUUUCUAGUGUUCUCUGGAGGUGGAGAAAACAGUUGAGAGUUUUUAUACAAGUGAUUAUUAACUUUUCUUGUUUACAAGUUGUAGAGAAAAUUGUAUAUGUUCACGUGAAAUCUCUGAUUGUUUACUAGUUUCUUUAACUUUAGUUUAUGCGGUCGUUUUACUAUACACAAUUGCUUACUUGUGGUUACUACGAGGAGGCCAUAAUGUAGAAAACUAAAACAAUAUAGCCAGCC